CUAAACGUAUAGUGUUUGACAACGUUCUUGCGGAUGCUUUCACACUGGACUUGUAUAGGGCAGUUCAGUAGACAAACAUUAAGUGAAACGAAACCAUACACGUGUUAUGUUGAUGCACGCAGACAAGUAUAUUCAUUAAACAUGACUGUACAACGACGAGUAAUCAGUAAAAGUCCAGAAAGUAGCGCCAUUGAAAAGAAAAUUAAGAGGGGAAAUGCGCAGAGACAGGCCUCCUCUUGGAGAGGUAACGUGUCCACGCUGUUGCUGUUGAUAGGAGUCACUGGACUAUUGAGCUGGAUAUAUUUCACAUGGACUGAUGACUUUACACACACUUUGGUUUCAAGAGGUGAGGUCCUCACUCAGCCCAGAGUGUUCACAGUUGAGUGCUCUGAAGACUACAAGAAGUACAAGAUAUUCCCAGGUUGCACCCCAACAAAAUGCGGCAGAGCUAUUUCAGACAGUGUGGUGACUUUGGAGGAGGCACAGAAACUUAGAAGGUUAGCUGAGCGGGGGUUAUCACUUGCUGGAUCAGAUGGUGGUGCCUCCAUCCUGGAUCUUCACUCUGGGGCGUUGUCGAUGGGGAAGCAGUUUGUAAAUAUCUAUAAAUAUUUUAAGAAUGAGAUAAGGGAUGUUUUCACAGAAGAAGAUUUUGAACUGUACAGAGAUGUCCGUGGCCGAAUUCAAAAGGCGAUAGCUGAGACGUUUGGUCUGGACUCCAAACAGAUGUACCUCACCAAGCCCACCUUCUUCUCUCGCAUCAACAGCACCUCUGCCAAAACCACUCAUGACGAGUACUGGCACCCACAUAUCGAUAAGGAGACUUAUGGAUCCUUUGACUACACAUCUUUGCUCUACUUGUCUGAUUAUGGUGUGGAGUUUGGUGGCGGACGGUUUGUCUUCAUGGACCCGAAUAGCAACAGAACGGUGGAGCCACGGGCUGGUCGAGUUUCAUUCUUCUCAUCUGGUUCUGAGAACCUCCACCAUGUGGAGAAGGUCGUUUGGGGCACACGAUAUGCCAUUACGGUGUCCUUCACAUGUGACCCCGAUUACGCCAUUGAUGACCCCUCCCUGGCGUAGGAUCCACCUGGCUCAAAGGGACCGAUGAGUGACAGGAACCUUAAGGCAAACACAAAGGAAAUUGCUGAAACGCUCUCAUCUGGCACUUUCAAAAGUCGGGUUCAUGAAAUGAUAAAAGCCCUUAUUGUCCCAUUAGAAAAAUGUUUGGGAUUUUCUGUGCUCAAAUGGGUUUUGUCUCCCUUCAUGUUUUUAAUUUAAGAGAUGUUUUUCAGGAGAUUCACUUGAACAGCCGUCGUUUUGAAGACACGCAUCUUGUGGGUUUGACUUUAGUUCUGAAGGUGCUUAUUUACAAUUGAAUUCUCUCUUUCCUGGCUGUACUUCACUCUUUAAAAUCUUUUAUAUUAUUAGAGUUAAAUCACUGUCUAGACAGACGACACAAGUGGGAUGAUUGAACAGGUGUAUGUAAUGAAAACAAGGAGCUGGGAACCAGGUUGUCAAAUAUCUCUGCUUAUGUCACCAACUGAAAAAAAUGUUCUUUGUAGAAUUGCUUUCAAAAACUUCAUAUGCUUCUAAUGAAACAUCAAUGUAUCAGAUACCCAAAAGAACAUUUUAUUCCUUCAGCUAUAUCUUUCUACUUGAAUGAAAGUUUUAAAAGAAAGCCUUUUUGAUAUCUUUGAUAAACGAGUGUGUUUACUUUAGAUGUCUCUCUUAUUUGAAUGUUUUUUUAACUUUCCAGUGCCAAGUAUGACAUUUUGUAUUGUGUAUCUGAUGAGCUUUUGAAAACACAUUCCCUCCUUCAAAUGUGUUAGAUUUAAUUACACUGACAUUAUGUGGUAAUAGUCAAGUUCAGCCAAUCACAACACUUGUUUUUGACAACUUGUUUUAAGCUAAUUGGCUUCUCUGUGUACAGGCCCAGUGCCAAAACCUGGAUGCUCUCAGUUGAAGUGAGAUUUAAAACAGAAGGUUGUUACUACUCUCAUGUAAAGCAUAGGUAACCAUCAAAAUCUUCUCAAUGGUAUGUUUUCAGACCUUAUGCUAUGAAUCUGUUAAAACCUGUGGUGAAUUUUAAUGAAUACAGUAGCAUUUUUAGCAAGAAUUUUAGACCCGUUCUGAAUCCGCUUAUACAUUUAAUGCCAGUUAUUCAAAUGCAUGCAUCAGCUUUAUUAUAACAGGAAGAGGAGUCUCUUUAGGCUCCUCUUGUUUGCUCAUAUGUGAUGAUUCAUGAAUUUUGGUUGAUGCCUAAUUUGCUGUUCUUGUUGCAUCACCCGUAGUUUAAUUGGAAAUCUCUCGUUAGUAAUGUUCCUUUUUUCAGUUGCUGAUUUGUUCAUGCUUUAGCUACUGUAAGGCUGAAUAUUAACUAGUGUGCAAAGACUCUUCAUAACAUGAUCAUUUCAGGUUUAUGCAAAACAAGUAGGUUUUGCCAACAGCAAUCACAGUCUUGUGUCUCAGGGCAGAUCCCCUCAGCGACUAGGCUGAACCGUUGAUUUAUUGCCACUGUAUACAAUAGACUGAAAUACAAUCCGUCCAUAUCUUGUGGAGUUGCUUAUUUAUCUAUGAUGAGCUGCAUUUGCAUGUGAUUAUGGGGUUGAACAUGUUGGAUGUGCGUCAUGCGUAUAAAUGUGCUUGUUUGUUUUGAAAUAAUGGGAGGAUAUAUUGCUGUUUAAAUGUUUGGAAUAGGUACAAUUUUUAUCUCAUGCUCAUUGAGGGUGCAUUUAUUUCAUCAAAUAUAAAAUGGUAAUAUUGUAAAAUGUUAUUACAAAGUAAAAUAACUGUUUUCUAUUUUAAUAUAUUUUAAAAUUAAAUUUAUUCUUGUGAUUGCAAA